UGGCGGCUUUUGCUUCCCCAGUUGGCUGGGGACCGCGUAAAACAUCUCUUGUAUCACAGGAGACUUUCCAGCUGGCACGGGAGGCUGGAUCUUAGCCUCUUAGGAGCAUCUUAGCCUGUCUUAGGAGGCUCGUUGUCAUCUCCCUUCCAUUGACCUGGAGAACAAUGGAUCGGUGUUCUCCUGUCAGCAGCCUGGUGGGUGUUGGCAAGUUUCCCCUCACACUCUUCUCCAAACUGAAUGAGGCCACUUCUCGUGUUUCUCUGGUCCCCGAGCUCUGGUAAGCAUUUCCAUCAUCCCUGGACCGUUAAACUCAGAACUAGGUGCAGUACUCCAGUGGAGAUUGUUAGGUCUGAGGAAGUGGGGCAAUUCUCUCCCUUGUGUGUGGCAUCCCUCUUAAAAACACUCCAGAAUGAUACUGUCUUACUUGGCAACAUUCUCACGUUGUUGAAAUAUUCCAUUUGUGAUCCACUGAAAGCCAGAUCCCUUUUUGCUGUACUGCUAGCCAGGGAAUUAUUCCUGAAGAGGUAUCCAUGUUUGUUUGGGUUUUUUACUAAGUAUAUUAUUUUGUACUUGUUAUUAAUUUGAGAAGAAGUUAUAUUGAUCAUUAUAACGUAACUUCUUUUAUCUAAAUUUAGUCUCUGAAAUUUGUUCUUCCAAUCCCCUUCCUUCAAGUUUGGAGUCAUCCACAAAUAGUUAAUUAAAAUACCAAGUAGCGCCAGGCCUUGCACAUUGUGAUAAACCCUCCCAGUUUGACUUUCUCAAACACUUUCUUCUUGUUUUUCUUGUUUCCUACUAAAGCUGCAACUCAUUCUGUGCCAUGGCUUUGCAGCUGAGCCAAAUCCUGCAGAGAAUCUUAAGUGAGGAAACCAUCAAUUCCUUUGAAUUGGCUUCUGUGCACAGAGAAAGGAUUGCUCGUAGCUCAAAAACUAGAAAUAUGUGUAAAAUCCUGAACCCUUCUCAAGUUUUAGUGUGUUGCGUAUGGCUUCUGGAUGUCCCAGGCACCUGCUUACAGAGAAUAAUGAUUGCUGGCAGUUUCCCAUUCUCCCUCUUGAAGCUGUUAUGCUACGUAGAGAGAACUGAAAAGGCUUCUCUUGAGGCAUCAGGCAAAUCAUGUAACUCACUUUUCAAAAAUAAUGGAACAAAGGUUUUACGUGGUUUUACUUCCUACCCAUAAAAUGGUAAUUUCUAUUUUGCAGGACAUUAUGAAAAUAAGUAUUCCUAAAGCAAUAUCCAAAUGAUAAAAAAUGUCCUCAGAGUUACUGCAGAUACUAAAAAAAACCCCCAACAUUUAAAAAUAUAUGUAUAUUUUCGUAUGGAUAUUGAGGUAUGAGGUCUGCAGGCAUAGUCAGCUGCCUGCUGCUUUCAUCCCUUCUACACAGCAUACAGUAGUGAGCUACAAGAUGGUUUGUGAACUUUGACAGAAAGGUGCUGAAUCACUUGGGAAAAGACGAAAAAAAAGUUGCAGCAUUAAAGGAUGUUGAAGGUUGUGAGUCAUUCAUAUGCUGCCAUAAUAUGGCUCGUGCCUGAGGUAGAUGGGUCUAUCCCUCUUCCUGUGUUCUAAGUUAUUUUAAAUUCUUUUCUCGUUCAUUUCCUCAGAAAAAUCUGCUUUGAUCCUAACUUUCUUUAGAAUUUCAUUUGCUUUUUUAGAGAGCUUUCCAGAAUAACCAUACAAAUGCCUCAUUCUCACCUACUUAAUACAGGAUCAGAUUUAUAGAUAAUACAUUAAUGCGCAGUUAUACUUGUAAGGGAUUAGUUUUUCUGAUCACAGAUGGUCUGUGAAGCUGAGAAUAAGAGGCAAUAUUUUGAAAAUUUUUAAUACUGCAGUAAUUUUAAAAUAUUCUGAGAAGCAGCAACCUGUCAAUUAGAAUAAAAGGACUAGUCUUUUGAUGAAAAUGCAGCAGACUAAUUCAAUGUAAACAGCAAAGUUUCUUUCUUUUAAAAUUUCAUUUCACUGUGGAAUCAUCAUAAAAAAAAAGUUUCUAGAGUUGGAGAUUAAGCGUAGGUAAACAUGUGUAUAUUGACUUCACUGGAAGGAAAAGUCCAGCACUGGCAGGGUCAUAAACUAAAUAAUCAUACACGUAUCAUCCUCUAUCCUCUACAAUAAUUUUGUUUUCUUUUUCAUUCUGGUUUGCUUAGAUGUCUCACAUUAAAGAUCAUGGAGCUAGGAAAGGCAAAGCUUCUGAGAACUGGCCUUAAUGCCUUGUACCAAGCAAUUCACCCUGUGCAUGGUAUUGCCUGGACAGAUGGGAAACAGGUGAUACUAACUUCUUUACACAUUCAUAAUGGAGAACCAAAAUUUGGCGACUUGAGUGUUGUCGGUCAGUUUGAACACGUCCAUGGACUCUACUGGGGCCCGUGUCCUGAUGCCCCAGCUCUGCUCGCUGUUCAACAUAAAAAGCAUAUCACCAUUUGGCAGCUCUGUUUUAACGCUACAGAAAGAAACAAGCUCUUAGUUUCUCAGAUUUGCGACAUCAGCGAGCCGUUUCCAGUGCUCCCCCAAGGCUGCGUGUGGCACCCGAAGAAGGAGAUCUUGGCUGUGCUGACUACACGGGAUGCCUCUGUCUUACACUCUGUUCAUCUCAACAACUCCAGAAUUAAAGCAGAUAUUAAAGGCAGCGGUCUCAUCCACUGUGCUUGUUGGACGAAGGAAGGCAAUCGCUUAGUAGUGGGAGUGGGCAGUGCCCUGCACUCUUAUAUUUGGGAUGAUGCUCAGAAAACACUGAAUGCUUGUUCUUUUUGCCCAAUCUUUGACGUGGGAGGCUACGUCUGUGCUGUGGAAGCUACUCUGAAUUUCCAAGUUGCUGUUGCCACUGAGCUUCCUCUAGACAAGAUCUGUGGCUUAAAUGCUGGUGUUGCCUUUGAAGUUCCAGCGAGUGUUGAAACAGAGUCCUUCCCCUCACAGUCCAGCUUAUGUGGUGAGGAAGAGUAUUCCAUGGAUGGGGGGAAAAAAUCACUGGACUCUGAGAAGCCCUUGUCUGUUGUUACAUCUCCUGUGGAUCUAACUCACAUACUUUCUAGCAAGCAAGGUGCUGAUUCCAGCCCUCUUCUUCAUCUGAGGCCCAAGGACUACCUAACGGGAAGUGGCCAAGAUUCUUCACAUCUCAUCUUGGUGACUUUUGAGAGAAAGGUUACCUCUACCAAAAAAGUUAGCAUCCCAGGCAUUCUGGUUCCUGAUAUAAUGGCUUUUGACCCCAAAACUCAAACUAUAUCAGUUGCCUCCAAUACUUGUAACGUUAUUUUAGUCUAUUCACUGACUUCAUCCACUUUACCCAAUAUUCAACAAAUUCAGCUAGAGAAAAAUGAGAAACCAAAGGGUUUGUGUUUCUUGACCAAUAAGUUGUUACUGAUACUGGUUGGAAGACAAAAAUUCACUGACCCUGCAUUUCUUCCUUCUUCAAGAUCAGACAAAUACAUGAUCCGAUUGAUGAUUAAGGAAUUAAUCUUUGAAAUGGGUCCUGCCACAUCUGCAUCAGUUAGUGGGAGCUCCAGUUUGAACCUUUCAAACAUACCUCAUGAUCUCUCUACAGAUGUUCACCCUCUCAGCCGUGGACUCUUGAUACCAGAUCGUGCUGCCUUGCAGUCCCCUACCAGCAGAAGGAAACUCAUUGAAGAAAUUAAGAGUCCUGUUUAUGAGCAAAGCUUGUUGUUGAACAUGCGUGACCUCAAAGAUAAAAAGACUCCCAUGAAUUUUUCUCCAGCUGCUGAGUCUCUCGAUGCUGAACCAGUUAAUCGGACUGUGGCACUGUCUGCUGCAUCGCUGGCGUUCUCUAACAAGCCAACAUCUCCAAAAAGGCAGGCAGAUGCAGCUUCCAAAAUACAAAAUUCUUACAAGAAUAACCUACUAAGUGAAAAGGAGGCAAGUUACUUUUCGAAAAAUGUAGAAAAACUGUCUGGUAACUUCACAGAAUUACAGCAUCGUCUCUGUGAAUUAACCGAGCUGCUAAAAUCUGGGAAGAGAGAUCUUUCAGUGUACCCAUCUUCUCAGGAGCCCUCUUUUGUAAACAUCACCUGCCAGAAGCAGCUUUCCAGAAGUGAUUCAGAUGAAAGACGAGCUGUUAUUCUUUGUGAUGGUAAACUCCAUCUAAAUGUAGUCCAGCAGAUAUUCAAUCUCCCUCUUGUAGAGAUGCAACACGGUUCAUCUUGGAUUGUUCUCACGGCGGACAGCGAGGGCUUUGUUCCGUUAAUGUUUACAUCCAGGCAGGAGAUCGUCGUCAGAGAUGCCAGCACGAAAGGCUACAGCGCCCGUUCUUCCAAAACUUUGGACAUCAUCAGUUCUACAGAAGGGUGUAGACCCGCUGCUUCUGAAAGUCUGGAUAUCACGAGUUCUUUGGAAGUCCUCAGAGACUGCUCCUCCAAGACUUUAGACGGCAGCAGUCCCUCGGAACAGCCCAGCAGUACAAUGUGAUUUUUGACAGUGAUUUUGUAAUGCCCGUCUUAUCAUGGGAGGCUUUUAAAUUACCGUAUAGGAUGUCAAAUUCUAAACAGCAGUCUGUCUCAAGUCUCUGUUGGAUUCCCAUAAUUGGUUUUGUCUCAUAUCACUGUAAAUUAUUUAUUCGAUCCUUGGAAAUAUUAACUUUUUUUUUUUUUAUAGUGAUCAGUGUUUUUUAAAUAUGCCUCUUGCAGUAUAGAUCAGGUCUUUGUAUCAGUGGUUGAAAACACGUGUUCUUACAAGCUUCCGAGCUGAAGUUUCCCUCUUCAUCUUCAACACGUUGGUGUUUUUAGAUGAUAGUAAACUUGCAUAAUAAAGAAAUCCUUGAAAACGCUGCAUUGCCCCCCCUUUCCUCACUUCUGUCAAAGCCUGGAAGAUUACGCUGUUGUUAUUUGGGCAUAGUGCCUGCCGCGGGGCGUGGGGUUUCGCACGGGUGUGACGAAGGGUGUAAGCGCUGCUUGAGGUAUGGCGGCGUUUGGGGCAAAGCCUGGCCGUGUGCAAUACCCAGAGCGGGUGGCAGCAAGGCCCCUUCCCCCUCCUGUGCCCGCCGGCGCUGGCUCUCUGCUUGCUUCGCUGUGUGUGUUUGGGGAGGUGGCUGCCUCGUGUGUCACCUUCUGUGGGGGGGUGGCGGCCGGCUGGCAGCUGAGCCCCCACCCAGCUGCUCGCUCCCUGGGGGACAGAAUUGGGAAGGCAAAAGCAAGGACAACUGAUGGGGUGAGAUAAAGACAGGUGACUAGGUAAAACAGGAGCUGCGUGUGCAAGUGAAGCAAGAUAAGGAGUUUAUUUAGCACGUCCCCCUUGGCAGGCAGGCGUUCAGAUUUGGUCACAGAUCCAAAGCACCGUAUGGGCUGCUAUGAGGAAACCAACUCCAUCCCAGCCAGGCCCAGCACAUCGUUACAGGCAUAAAAUGACUUCAGUUACAUUUGAAUAACUGAACAUCUGAUAAUUAAGAUUUGUAAACAUCUCUUGUCUUCAUAUUAAAAUUUUUCCUUUUACCUUUGAAACAACGCUCUUAAUAUUAACAACGUCGCCUUCAAUAGCAUCUGAUCUGUUUUAAUUUUCAUAGGUAAUCGGUGCUGACUGGGCAGAGGGGACAGCCGAUAGCCCAUCACCAUGAGAACAUCCAGGUUAAAAGCUGACAGCAGAAAAUGUUCUGUGGGCUUUUGUAGUGAGAGAGAAUGCAAAGCUGAAAUUUAGAAAACAGCACAAGUUGAUGUGGCCUGGAUUGCAGCACUGAAGAAAAGCCAGUAAUCCAAGAUUGCUACCCAUAAAAUUAAAGCAUGAUAACAUUUAAGCAGUUUAUCAGGCUUUCACAGUGGCACUUACUGUGCGAGAUGGCCUCAAGUGAUGAGAUUAUAGAAUUGGAGCUGCUGUCUCAGGACUAAUAGAAUCGCUUUUUUUUUUUUUACUGGCUCUUUGGAAGUGUAGCCACUGUCAAAAAAUCAUUUGGCCACAAACUAUUAAAGAUACAACAUUAGCCAAAGCUGCAAAGAGCACGCAGUGUUGUAUGGUGAAGUUAACAGCUCUUGAUGAACAGGGGAGGAGGAAAACAGGUAAAAUAAUUUGGCAGCUGUGGGCUUCAUCCUGUGCAUGAGAAGCAUCUGUUCUCAGUAACUGCCGCUGGUUAGUCCGCCGUCCCCCUCACGCUUACCAAAAGGCGUUGGGUUCAGAGCCUCGGCACCGGGCGUGGGUUCAAAGCAGGCUGGGUGCUGGGGAUGGCCCAGGGCUCUUCUCAGUCGCCUGAGGGUCCCUUGCCCUGCCAGGUCCCGGUUUCGACAUCCCACGGGAGGAGGGGGUCAGGGCUGGGUGCUCCCGCCUGGCGGUGUGCUCCCCCGUCUCCCUGCUGAGGCGAUAACCACUUGUGGUGGUCGUGAUGGAUGCGUCCGAUCGUGAUGGAUGCUUCCAGUUGUGAUGGAUGCAUCCAGCGCAAAGUGGAUUCGGGGGAGAUGGGUAACACAAUAGCCAAGGGCUACUGCGCAGUGUGCCCACCUAACAAUCACAGUGAAGGAACUAAAAUCUGUGCUGGGUACCCAAAUAUGACUGUGAGCCACUCCUCUGAGCCCCAUCAAUAGGGAGCAGCCCACGAGCCCUCAGAGCACGGCCUCGGGCUGCACAGCAGGAUCUCCCCGUGAGCAGGGUCACCUCUCAAGGUCACUCCUCGAGGUUGAGAGAUUCCUUACCACAACAGAUUCUCGGUGAGAGG